UGUCAGAAAACGCAGUCAGCCAUUGACGACGUAUUUAGACAAUUAGAUGAAGCGGCUGCAGAAGCAACAAUAGAACAACAAAACACUGGUUGGUGCAAUUACAAAAUGAAAGGUAGCAGAAAAACGCUCGUUAAAAUACAGCACGACAUGAUCUUGGAGAGGGAUACGUAUGAUCAAGUUUUCAGCAAAAGCAACGAUUCUGAAGAAGAAUUAAAUUCAUGUCUCGCACAAAGCUCUGAUAAGGAAAAGUAUAAACGCGACAACGAUAAUCAGUACCGUAACGUUGCGAACUAUGUAUUCCGAAGUAAGAGAUAUGCUGCGAAGGAAGACAAACGCUGGCCUAGGAAAAUUAUACAUUACAACAUAUCAGAAUUUGAUCACAAAGGUCGUGAAAACAUUUUAGAAGCAAUGAGGGUUUGGAGCAAGUACACAUGCUUGAAAUUCACGGAGCGAGCGCACGAGUUCGAUUACAUUAACAUCGUUCCAUCGGAUGUGUGUUAUUCCAGUGUUGGAUGCAGGCGUGGUCCUCAAUUCAUAAGCCUGAACAAUAACAGCUGUAUGGAUAUCCCUAUCAAUCCUGCACGAGCUGGGUCACGCAAUUGGCCUGUACCACGAACACUCACGGCCAGACAGAGAUAA